UGGUAUUCCAGUAGCUUCUUAAAAGAUGAGGAUAAGAAAUAAUCUUAUCUUAUUUUUUUUCUUAACUAAGGAUAAAAUUGAGAUAUUUCUUAAGUGGUAUUCCGAGGAAAAUCUUAAGUUAAUCUUUAUUAAGAUUUGCCUUAAUCUAUUUUUAUCCUCAAGCGGAACGAAUGCUAAUUUGCAUAAAUUUUCGGUUUUUACCGUUCUAAAUAAAGUAACGGAAGUUUCAUAUGCGCAUGCGUAAACAUUUGUUGUCAGACGAUAAUGUCAACAAAUAUGGCCGACAUCGAUAAAAAGCGAUCGGCAAAUUUCAGUCCUAAUGACUGCUUGUUGCUGGCUCAUAUUAUGAAUGAGCCAGCUCAAGAAGGAUCAAUUUUGACGCGCUAUGCCUACCUGAAAAGCAGAUUCAACCCAUCAAUUACUUCAACUUCAAAAAAGUUGAUGUGGGAAAAAGUAGGUACAAUUUUCAACAUGAGGGCAGAGUACCCUAGAGAUGUUGUGGUCCUACAGAAAAAGUGGGACAACCUGAUCCAAACCCACAGGUCAAAAUAUCAGGACCACCUAUUUGCGCAAAACAAAACAGGUGGUGGAGCUGUCACCACUGUGCUAGGGCCAAUUACAGAGGCAAUUAUGGACGUGGUUGGUAGAAGUUCUUCCAACACUGUCGGAAUAGUUGAAGCAACAUUUGACAGCUGGUUUCUACAGCUUGAUGCAUUUGAUGCAUUUAGCGAUAGCCCUGGGGCAUCACAAGGACCUCAAACAGCUACUGCAAUCCAUCUGCCGACUGCAGCACCAAACAGGCUCAAUCGUGCUUUGCCAGUUACUGGUAGUGGACCGGCUGCAAUUGCCAAUGAUGCCACAAGUAAUGCAACAAUAGAAACUGUCUGCUGCAGUUGCGGUUGCCAUACUAGAGUUCAAAAACUCAAAGAAGAAAAGCUAACACUCCAAAUAAAACUUCUAAAGAGGCAGUUAAAUUAUGAGGAAUGAAGUUGAAUUUAUUAAAGGGGCCGUCCAACAGAUUGGUAAUUUGACAAAAUUUAAAAAGUUGUUUCAGAUUCACAAAUUUUCGUUUUUGAUGUAAUAUUUUUGGAGAGAAUAGUAAUACUAACCAUUUACCAUGCUCUUAAAUAUCCAUUAUAUGCAUCUUUUGACUAUUUGAAAACCUGAAAAUUAUAAAGUGUUGUGCGACGCGAAACAAUUGAAUACUUUGGAAAGUUCUGUUGUUGUAGUUAUAUUUUGGGUAAUUACGAGGAUUGCUUAUAAUAUAGGUAAAAACUGCAUGCGCUCUAAGCAUGAGCAUGGAUGGUGGAGUGGUAUGGGUGGGAGACUUUUUACUCCAGGUCAACUGUUUAAAUUUAUCAAUAUAAAGCAUUAAAUUACAUGCUUCAAUACAUGUCAAAAUCUGUUGGACGGCCCAUUUAACUGUGUUUUGAACAAUUUGAUAUUUAAAGGGGCAUAUCAAUGGCCAGAACAGUAUUUCAUAUUCGGAAAUAAAUUGAUACAUAACAAAAACUUAUUUCUUACAACAUUGAGCCUGCAGUAACACAUAUUCUCUAUGUAUUUUAAUAAUUGUAACCAGUUUUCCCCAGGACACCUUCAAAAUUGCUGGAAAAUUGUAGUAGUUUAAUAUUUAUGAUAAAAUCAUGUACAUAAGUAUUAUGAAAUGUGCAUGCUCAAUUACAAUAAUAGACAUUUCAAAGUACGUCAGAGUAGAAAAAACUCAUCCAAGCUUGUGAGUUCUAAGUUUCUGUAGCUAUAUUUUUUCUUAACAAUUUCACCAAGCAAGUAUUGUUCCUCACGAUUUAUAAUCAUAAAAAAAGGAACUUAAAAAUUUAACUAUAAAGAAAAAUACUGAAGAUAUGCCCCUUUAAUACAGCAUCAAAAAAUAAACUGUUUAAGAUGUUACCAUUAUGUUAUUAUUUGCUGCUGUAUAUUUGUUACCAAGAACCUGUAAUAUUUUUAUUUAAUAGUGGCCAAGGCUUGUGUGUCUAGUUUUCUAAGCCUCACAUGAAACUUCAAAUAAUAUCUAAAAGUAUGUAUUAGCAAUUUGAUCCCGGUAACGCAGUCCAUUUUGUGCAACUCCUGCAUUCAUAUUGUUGUUAUCAUCGUUCUGAUCAUCUUCCUGUAUUACUGGAUAAUCAUCAGGUAUCGGAAUGUUCAGGUCUUUGCAGAUGUUAUGCAACACUGCACAGGAGAUGAUUAUCCUUAAAUUAAUUAAAAAAACAACUGAUUAUUUGCCAUGUUGCAAUAGUUUACAGUAAGCACAGUGUGUGCAUUACAAACUUGUUGGCUGUGUAUACAAAAAGAUAUUUAACUGAUGUAUUUAUUUUUUCCUUGCAUUUUUCACAUGUGAACAGUGUUGUUGUCACAUAUCCAGCACUAAGUAUAUUAUGUAUUAGCAGUAUUUACUUAAGUUACAAAAAUUAUUUUAAAUGUUUUCUUCUAGCUUUUGGCUAUACAAUAUUUAUUUUAGUUCAUUUCACAGCUUCUUACCUGCAGACUCUUUCUGGUUUCAUUCUAACUUCACCAUGUAACACACCCCACCUUCUUUUCAGUUGUCCGAUUCCUCUUUCUACUUUUGCCCGUGUAAUCUUCAAUGAUCUGUUUCAACAUAAUAUUGAAAAUAAAAGAGUUUUAAUUACUUAACUUAUGUAUGUCUAGAAAGUAAUAUAGUUUAAUCUGUAUGUACACAUGUAAAGAAGCAUGUUACAAAUGUACUAUAAAUCUGUUUUACAUGGUUAUAAAACUUAUGUUUUUGUAAACAGAGCAAAAUACAUAUGUAAAAAAAAAUAAUUAAACUCCUUUAUUGGUAGGUACUGUUUUUUUCUUCAUCAAGAUACUUUACCAUUACAACCUAUUGAUUUGAUUUAAUAUUUACACAUUGAAGCACUAAUUAAUUUAAACUUUCAAUCUUCACAUUGCUAAGAAAAUUCAUCUGCUUUUUAUUGCGCUAUAUAAAAUUAUUCAUGCAGAUGUGUUAGAACUAACUGUUUUGUCAAUAAAUUGU